ACUCGAACUCGAACUCGAACUCGACCCCGAACCAGAACAACUCACAUCAUCAUGGCUGGACGGCGUUCAUAUACCCCCUCUACUCAUCGUCGUCGUCGCUCUCGUUCGCCCGACUUGUUGGCCGCGUUUCGACAUUGGCUCGAUCAAAGAGGUCUGUCUCUCAGCCGAGCGAGAAGGCUCCUUCUUAGUCGGCACCUUCGCGGCAGAGUUGUGAGAGCGGGAGGGGCCUUCAGGGAGCGAUUGGAUCGGCUGAGCGAAGUGUGGCGAUCACCGGUGGCGGACCGACGACAGCGAUUGGUCGAGGCCUCCCCAUUGCUUCUAGUCGCCGUCUUCCUCCGGGAUCAGGUGACCGAUUCGCUGGAGGAAGAGCUUGCUCGAGUAAAUUGGUCGGUAUAUGUCGAAACACCUGCACCCGCACCGGCACCCGCACCCGCACCGGCACCCGCACCCGCACCGGCACCCCUUGGCUCGCUUCUCCCCCGGUUUGGUGCUCUUGGCUCGGAGGAUGUCAAGCCCGUCAUGACCGAUGUUGCCGCCUCUGCGAUUCCUGUUCCGAUCGACAACGACAACAGCGUCAAGGACGAUGCUGCCGCCGCCGCCGCCGCCGCCACCACCACCACUGCGACCCCUAGUCCGAUCAGCAGCAGCAGCAGCAACAACGACAACAACAACAAAGGCGACGACGCCGACACCCACAAGGUCGCCGCCCCUGUUCCGAUCGGCAGCAGCAGCAACGACAACAACAGGAACGACGACGACGCUGACGACGCCGCCGCCGCGACUUCUGUCCCGACUGUUUCGACUCCUGCGGCGACGACCCAAAUUAUAAACAACAAUAUCAACAAUCAUUAUUAUGGGAACGUGUUUUUUGGGCCGGUCUUCAAUAUCGGCGGCGCCAGCGGAAGCAGCAGCAACAACACCAACGGCAAUGCCGACGUGAGCAGCAGCGGCAGCAGCAACAACAACAACAACGACAAUGGAGGCGCCAGCGGUAGCAGCAACAACACCAACUGCAACGCCGACGUGAGCAGCAGCGGCAACAGCAACAGCAACAACAACAACAACAACAAUGGCGGCACCAGCGGUAGCAGCAGCAGUAGUCAAGACGUCGCUGUUCAAGCCAGCAACAAUUACGGCAUUCCCGAGCCGGCCGGGCGAGUCCCGUCGGCUAGCGAGCUCAGGGAGCUCAGGGAGCUCGAGUUUGACUGGAACUCGGAGUCGGAAUGGGAGCCUUACAAUCCCGAGUUGUGGGAUCAGUAGCGUGCAUGUGUUGCGUAGAUCGCGUCUCGAUAAUAAUGAAUAUUUGUAUCACCGGAUCACCGUACAUACCCUCCCUAUAUCCCUAUAUGGCCUAUAUAUGCAGAUGCAGAUAUGCAGACGAGGU